AUGAAUAGUGGACAUUCACGUGCGAUCGCAAAUACUUGCGAACGAAAUCAGAAUAAACUUCAGAUGAUAGCAGAAAUGUUGCUUCUGUCUUGUGAAGCCCGUCCACUUCGAUCUUGUUUUUCUAGUCACAUUGUUAGUCCGUCCUACCUCCAUGAAAAAAUAUCAGACACUGUGAAAACUAUCAUGACUUUGAUGAAGGCAAUCCUUGCCCAUGUACAUAUGAUCUCCACGAAAUGGCUCGAAAUAUGUGAAGGGCUUCAAGAAUUGAGUUCUACGACAAUCAACUUGAUUGAGCUCUGCAGUCACACAGCCUACCUAGUUGCUGUGGACUUUCCUGGCUGUGAAUUAGCAGAAGAUGGACUUGUUGAUAAAUAUAGCAUGUUGUUGUCAGGGUUAGAGAUUAAGAUGAGCUGCAAUCGUCUGAAGCGCGCAAGAAUAGAAGAUUUAACUCCACAACUAAUCAUAGACCUGUGUUCCAAUAUCUCACGCCACAUUGCUAUCAUCACGGACAUCUGUCGUUUGGCAGGUGAAUCUGUUGACGAGGAAAGCACAUCAGAUCAGUUCAAACUUUGUGUGAAGAGUGUGACAUGUGCUGCAGGAUGUCUGAUAGCCAGUAUUAAGUCUUACAAAUCCCACCCUAGCACUACCCAUCAUUCCAGAGUGAUUGUUUUCUGUGAGCCUGUUCUUGCAGCAUCCGCAGCGUUGGUCAGUUUUGCCACAGAGGAUGAUUUUACAGGAAAGCAAGCUCUGCUGACAUCAAAAGCAAUAGAUGUACAGAAGACAAUACUUGGGUCCUGUAUGAGUGUUGUAUCAGCAUGUAUCCAGCUUUGUAAGACAGUACGUGAUCUUGUCUAUGACGUCAUGAAGCCACAACAUCGAGAGAAACUACACAUGUGUACAAGUUCUGUUGAGCGUGCUUCGAUAAGGUUACAUGAUAUUUUGGAUCAACACAGUAUAAAUGAAAGGGCCCUGGAAUUAUGCAAGGAAAAAAACAAGGAAAACCACAAAGAAAUGAAAGGAGAAGGUGAUGACAGUUACCAUAGUGACAGUGCAUCUACCUCUACCGUAUCAGGAUCUGAAACCUCGGGAAACUCCACAGCAUCUAGAUAAUGAAAAUGACGUUAGUCAUACGAUCUUUAUCUCAUUUAUUAAUCUCUUUCUCUCCUUCCUUCAUGCU